AUGGACAAGAAGAACUCCUCGAACAACAAAGCCGACGAUUCCACGCAAGCUCGGUGGGGUAACCUUAUGCAAGGCCAAUGGAGCUCGGCUUCACAUGGCCCGUAUAGCCCACAAGGCCCUCUUAGAGGCUAUGCUCUCACAACUGGGAACAUGGUCCCAAACCCAACAUCCCUUUCGUCACUCGCAAUCGGUGUGCUCAAUCGCGGCGAGAAUGCCUACCUCUUGCAAUACAUGGAGAGCGAGAUUUUCAAGUCUACCUUGGGAAAAAUCAAGGAGCGUACUAAUAUCGACGUUGUCGUGCUUCUGGCAGCGGGCUUGGCUCUCCAGAAGGCAAAGAAAAGUAUAACCGAGCUCAUGAUAUCUAUUAUGGACCACUUCAAGCAGCAAGCAACGAGCUCGGUGAAGAUAGGUAAACAAGACUCGACAAAAUACGGCAAGGCUGAUCGCUUCUUCUGGCAUAAGAAUACAUUUUUCUCGCCGGAGGUCUUCGGUCCCGAAAAGAACGGUGAUAAGCCUACCGACAAUGGCAAAGAUAAAAAGGAUAACAAUGAGUGGGGCAACGCCCUUCGUUGCGAAGAUCCUAGUCCGCAAGGACAUUUGAUCGUCUGGUGUUUUGUAAAUUCUCUUUUGCCCAUUAGAAAUCUCCUCAUAGAUGUUGACGAUAGGUUUGUGAAGAACAAGAAGCUGUCCGUCACGAAGAUCAUUGCCAAUGAGGACCCUGAGAGCAUACAGCGCGAAAAGAGGGCGUUGGCAACGAUCGACAUGGAACCUGAGAAGCUCGAUGCUAUCCGUGAAGACGUCGAGGCCUUCUUCGAUAAGAAUACUCGCGUUCUUUGCCGCGAUACAGGAACGCCCUACCGCCGCGGGUAUCUCCUCCAUGGCCCACCAGCUUUCUCCAGUUUACCUUACCGCUGUGUUGUUCUCAUCGAGGAUAUCGACUGUCCCGGAGCCGAAGUAGGCAAACGUGAUGAGCAGCCAGGUCAGGCAUCUCAUCUUGAAGAUGAAGGCGACGCAAAAAUCGACGAAAACACAGCUCUGAAUUUCAUUGAAACCGCAAUGGAAAAUUUCAUCCUCCAGCAGAAUAAGCACAACGAGGAGAUGCUGCAGCGAUUCACCGACGCCCAAGACCAAGGGGCCAGAAUCCUCCGCCAUCGAAGAAGUUCAACUCAAGCCAAACUCCCAGAAGCGCCCAAGAAGGUCACUCUAAGUGGUCUCCUCAACGUCAUCGAUAACGCGACAGCCGCAGAAGGCCGUCUACUGAUCACGACCUCGAACCACCCCGAGAAGCUAGACAAGGCCUUAUUACGCAAAGGCCGAGUUGACCGCCACUUCGAACUCGGCUACGCGACCAAAAUCACCGCCGAGCUCACCUUCAACCGCAUCUUCGGCCAGGAUACCCGCAAGCGACACACCAUGGCCGCCAUCAACCGCUUCGCCAAGGCCUUCAGUGCCCAAUUUCCCACUUACAGCGAAGUCACCACGGCAACGCCGGCGCACUACUGCAUGCAGUACCAGCGGCGGCCGUGCGAAGCCGUUCGCGACUUUGCAAAGUAUUUGGAACUCGGCGAUGAUAUGUGGGUAUAUAGUAUCGCGAAGCCGCAGAAUGUACCGAAGGACCGCAUCAAUGUGCCUGAGGCUUUUGAUCAGGAGAUGCUGGAACUCAGGCCUGUGGACUUUUGCCGUAAAGAUGCCAUUCCCAAGGAUCUGUCAGCAAGCGAUGCGAAAGCAGCAAGCUCGAUGUGGCGCCCUUGGACUUGGAGUCGUGCAACUACUGUGGAUGGUAAGAGCCAAAGUCCGCCUGCGAAAGAGUUGAGCUAA